AUGCAGCCGUUUUUUUCAAGAGAACUUGGAAAAGAUGAAGCCUGCCUGGGCUACGGCCGUGGAGCAGGCAUUGAAGAAAGAUGCUCCGGCAUUGGAGAGAUGGACGGAGAUCGAAACUAUCCUGCAGGAGAGCAGGAAGUGCUACAGGCAGGUGCUGCGGUGCGAGGCGAUGAGCGAUACAUGUCGUUAGCAUGCAGUCACUUUACGGCAUUUUGCCGUGCCUGCAUUGCAGCAUGUCCCUCGGACCAAGAGACGGUGUCGGACAACGGCAAGCUCACGUUGCAGCGAUUGUCUACGGACUUUCGGCAGGCCGUGGAUAAUGGAUGGGAGUGGCUGGUGCUGUCAGCGGAAGUUGAUGCAGUACUGCCCUCGCUGGCCUCCUUCGUUCAGGAAGUCAUGAAUGCAGCCCAAGGAGUUGCAAGAACGGCAGGCGAGCUGGAGCUCGCCAUGGCGAUGGUGACCCGAGCAAAGCUGCUGGCAGAGCAAGGUUUGUGCAUCGACUGGGAUGUUGUGCAAGCUGAUGUAGCAGCCACGGUGCCGGAUGCCUCGCCACAGACCGUGGCCGCUUGCGGGUUGUUCUGCAGAUUCUAUGCAGGAGGAACCGAAGCACCUCUGCUGAAGUUUUUGCACGACUUUUCCUUGAAAUAUGGGGCAAGCAAAAGAUUGGGAGAGGAAUUCAUGUCCACGGUCGCCGGCCUCCGGUUUGCAGGGCAGGAGCGAUCGCAUGCUUUCGCAAGGGCUGCGAUGAUCGCGACGAACCUGACAGCCACAAAAGUGGUAGACGGUGUGGCUCGGCUGCUGAGCAAGAGCGAUGUCAGCAGGCUCUGUGCGAAAGGCAUGGAAGAUGCUGUAAAGGAUUGGGAGGAGCUUCUUGCUCGUGCCUGGGCUCACACUCAGAAUGUGACGGAUGCAAGUGCACGUGCCAAGGCAGUUGAGUGCUUCGGUCGCCUGAUGGUUCGCAGCACCCUCUUCAUGUGCAAGAAAGAGAAGUCGGGGCAAGAAGGCCUUGAGCACGGGUCAUUGGCCAAUUUGCUGACUUUGUACGAACACGAGAUGGGUGGCAAGAGUGCCGGUGCAACACCGGCUGCUGCUACAAAAGAUGGGCCGUCUGAUGCGGCCCCUGCGACCUUGGAGAACAUGCAGGACCCGGCCUUCCUGAUGAAGCUGCAAGGCUUCGCAGAGGGGAACCUGUACAAAGGCAAGCAGAAGUAUCAGGACAUCUGGCCUUGGAAGCUGGAGAAAAUCGGCCAGAGCCACGGCUCUUUCUCGCUGUCUUGCCCAGUGAGCUGGGACAAGAAGGUCGAGGUGCCUCUGAGCGAGCUCAAGAAAUUUUUCGAUCUGUAUAGCGGAGAUGCACCCGAAGUGGUGUCUGACUCUGUGGACCGACUGCCCCAUAAUACGGAGGCUUGCAGCCAAGAGAGACUCCGAGGAGAGUUCUUCGAGCUCUGCUGCGAGUAUUUCCUGAAGUACUCGCACUGUGAAGAGGAGUUGACCUUUUUGAAGAAUCCCACGUGCUGUCUGUUGGAGGGCAAAGCCAAGACAGGCAAGCUGACGAUCUUCCCCUUCACGGAUCAGAUUUCAAAGGUUGGCUUAAAGCCGGCAGCUGGCAGUGUGGAGGUUUGGCAUUCGGCCUCGGGCACAAGCUUGUAUAUUUCACCCCCGGCUGCAGCCGGAAGUUUGCUAUCUGCCUUCUGGCAGAUCCCGGUCGGCUCAGAGCCGAAUCUGGCGACAGUCCUUCUGAACGAGAAGGGCUGGAAGAUUCCCAUUUUGAAGAACACUGCUUCGCUGAAGGAGUGCAUCCUGUACAGGCCGAAGCCUGCCGAAAGUUUGAGGGCCUCGGCCCAAGAGCUGGAUCAAGGAUCCGCUGCCUCGCGAAAGCGAAAGGCUUCUUGA